GUCACUAGAGGGCAGUCAAGAAGCCAGAAAGAUGGAGGAGGAUAUUCGUCCAUGAUUCAAACAAGUCUUCUUUAUCCUUUUUUAAACAUGGAUGUUAAUAACACGUAUAUUUAUGGUUAAAGUAUUGCACAGAGAGGAUAAAUUAUAAUUAUAAAAAAUUUAGUUUUAACACUUACUAUUUUCUCAAAUAUCGCGCUUUGAGUCAUUAUAGUAUAAUGGAUAGCAAACCUUUAAUAACGUAUGCUGGUGAUCAAAAAUUAUUUUCUACAUUAGAAGCAGCUAUUUCAGAAGGUCUUCCUGAAGAAUCUGCUCAAUGGAAAAGGCCUUAUGGAAGAGGUCCAAAACUGGUAUAUGUCACUGCAAAUUUUGUCCAGUUUAGUGAAGAUUCCAUACCCAAAGAGAGCAAUAUGAAGUUACUUGGCCAACCAUUUUUUCAUACAUAUUGGACUGAGUGUAGUGAUGUGGAAUCUUACAAACAUAACGUUCGAGAAGAUAUAAAUUUAUGGAUGUCAAAAUUGAAAUCUAAAAAUAUCCACGACUGGUUAAUUGUAGUAGUGGAUUAUUCUGAUUCUAAAAGAAGUAAUAAGAAAUUACUGCCUAGGACUACUGUAUUAGAUAAAAUUAAAAAUGAUUUUCCUAGUAAGAAUUCUGAAAGAUGUGUUUCACUUCUGGAUCCUUGUAAAGCAGAUGGAAGAGCUACAGAAUCCUGGCAAACAUUAUUACGUCGAUUGAGACAAUUGUUGUUACAAGCAUAUAGUAGACAAUUAAGUAUUUAUGAGGAACACAUGAGAACUAGGAGAGAGAAGAGGAAAGAAUUGGGAUGGAAUUUUCGGGAUUUCUUUUUUCUUCAAGAAGAAUUGGCCUUUGUAUAUGAAAUGUUAGGAUUGUAUGAUGAAGCAUUGGUUCAAUAUGAUGAAUUAGAUGCUUUAUUCACUCAGUUUGUAAUCAACUCUAAUGUAGGAGGUAUGCCAGAUUGGCUUACAAGUUUCACGCAGAUUUGUAAUUCAUGGGCUGGUCUCUGUUUAUUACGUGAAGUAGCUUUAAGUCUUAGAGAGAUAAUAAAAAAGGAUCAAGGCUCUUUAUUAGAAUUCAGAAAUUAUCUCUUCUCCAGGCAGUGUAAUUUACUACUACUACUUUGUAGACCUUGGGAAGUUGCACAAAGAACGCUUCCAUUUUUAUAUAAUACUGUUGGUGAACUUCGAAUAUUGGAGGUUGAGAUGUCUCCAGGCUCUCUUGCAUCCUGGGUUAUAUUAAGUUGCCUAGAAGUAUUACAAACGUGUGAAAGAUUUAGUGAUUCUACACAGAUGGAAAGUUAUUCAUUAUAUACAGCUAGUCUUUGGGAAUAUACUAGACAAAAGGGUAUAGAUCCAGCAGGAGCCACAAACGGUGUAUUAAAAUACAUGAUCAAUCCAAAUGACGAAGCCAAAGACAUUCCUCCCGACGUUAAUGCAAUUAUUCCUGUCCAAGGUUUGCUUUCGAUCCAAUUGUUAUACAAACAGGUCAGCAUUGAAAAGAUUGCUAUUGCUAACAUUGCAAUCGGUAUUCGUGGAAAUAUUCGACUGACGACAGAAGACAACUCUUGUUCAAUUAAUGUUUUGGUAGAAGAUACUGAAAUCAAUAGUCCGCAGGCAAAAUUAAGAGAAUCACUUUCUUCAAAGGAUGGAUUUUUAAAACAUUAUUUGGAAAUAUCUGAAUUGACAAUGGGAACAUUCAAACAUAUUGGAAGAAUUCGAACUGCUAGAUUUAUUGGAAGGGAUUUGGCUCAACUUUAUAUUUAUCUGGUAAUAGCUGUGAAUUAUAUGCUGCCAUAUGAAAACAUUUUGAAUCCCUCUGAUGAAUUGGAGAAGAUUUUAGAGAGCUGGUUACAUUUUACUUCUUCUUUGUUAAUAAUUGGUUAUUUUAAUGCUAGAAUAGAAAAUGAAUGUGACACAAAUUGUAUCUUAGUUUAUAGUAAACUUCUAGAAAGUGAUAGACUUCUCAUGAACAUAGAAGAAUUGUUUGCUGUGACUAACAUCCAGAUCUUUUGCUCAGAUGAAAUUAUCAUCUGUGGUAGUGAACUAGAACUAAUUGUAAACAUAAAAAAUAAUUUUCCUCAAACAAUUAACUGUCAGAAUAUCAAAGUCUCUCUUAAGCAAGAAAAUAUUUCUGCAUCUGAAACAGUAAGCCAAACUCAUUUAGCUCCUGGGUCAAAAAGUCUAACUCCAAGUCCUACAUCACCUACAUGUGAGAUGCUUCGUGAUGAAAUACACGCAUUUUCUCCUCUACAAUUAACAAUUGAAUAUGACUAUAAACAAGAUGGGACUCUAGAUUCAUCAGGUAUUAUCUGUAAAAAUACUCAACAGUUUCUACAAAGAAGAGAUAGUCAUAACACCUUAAGAGAAAAGGAAUUGGAGAAGAAAUAUGAUGAUGAUCUAAAUUUUGUCAUAACAAAUGUUGAUUUGAUUAAUGGUGAAAAUAAAAUUAAACUCAAAACAAAGAUAGAAAAAGCUGGUGUGUUUGUUUUGCAGCAACUAAAUAUUGAAUGGGGAAAUAUUCAUUUUAUUUUAUCACGGAUAAUGCCGUAUAUGACAUUUAAAGUUAUUUAUGAACCUGCCAACAUAAAAUUGCAUUCCAAACAAGGUGGUCUUUUAGCUGGAGUUGAACAAACAUUAAUUCUCAGCAUAUCGAGUGGCAGCAACUUUAUUUCUGAGGGAACUCUUUUACAUUUAAAAGCAUCUCUUGGAGUUUUAUUGAAGGUAGAUGACAAUAAAGAUGAUAAGAACUUUGUUGAAGAAACUGAUGUUCCUUUGCCUGCAAUUCUUCCUUUCCAGACAAUUUGUGUUUCACUUCAAAUUUUAGCUCAUUUAGGCCCUCAAAAGGAUGCUAAUACAGUAGAACAUAAAAUUACUAUUUAUUGGCAGAAAGCUCUUCAACCGUUUUCAGUACCUUUACAUUUUUUACCUCCAUUUCUAAGUGUUCACAAACUUCACACUUGUGGAGUUAGAAAAUAUCUACAAGUUGCAGUACAUGGAUUAAGUGACAAUCCAAUUGAAUUAUGUGAUCCAAUUCUUAAAGCGACAGAUGUAACAGAUGUUGAAUUGAAGUUGCUUAAUCCAAAUCAGACUCUAGUAGUUAAUGCAGAACAAGCAGCAUAUUAUUUAUGGGAAAUAAUUCAAGAUGAAGCAGAAACAUUUCCAGUAAAUUUUCUGUUUAAUAUCCAUUAUAAAAGAAAAGAUUAUUCAACAGAUCCUUUAAGGAAAUAUCAAUGUGAUUUUCAUUUAAAUUGUUAUAUGACUUUGUACACUGUCAGAGCGUCAAUAGAGCCACCAAAAGGAUCAGAAUUUUGUAGAGCUGGUACAAUGUGCCAAAUGCAUAUCACUAUUAUUCAAAUGCAACCUUCUACUCACAGUUUUCUUAUGUAUGAAGUUGUCACUGAUCAAACAUGGGCAGUUUGUGGAAAAACUGCAGGUGUCAUCAAUGUAGAUAGUUCUGGUAGACAUAACGUAACCCUUGAUGCAAUGCCUUUGACUAGUGGAUUUUUACCAUUGCCAACUGUAAGACUUUCAAAAUAUAUUCCAUCUGAACAAAAAUCUGCAAAUAAAGAUACAGGUCAGCAAAUUAAAAGUAGCGGACAAAAUACUGCUAAACUGGAACCAUUUGAUCCUGGCCAAGUAUAUAGUUGGAGUAGAGCCACCCAGUUACACGUGCUUCCAGCUUCAUCCGGAUCAACAAAUUUAGAAAUGUGUGCAUCUUGAAUUCGUUAAUUUACAUUUCUAUUGAAGAUAAAGGGACCAGAUACAUAAAUGCUGUGUUAUGUAAUAUCUCACACACACACAAAAAAAAAUGGUGUCAUAUCAUAAUUUGAAAAUUUUCAGAUGUAUAGGAUAAGAACGUUUUCAACAAAUGAAGGAAAUAUUAUUUGCAAUUGGUUUAAUAAAAUUAUUUUUUGUAUAGUUGUAUAAAAUUUUAUUAUUUAUUUAAGAUGAUUAUUUUUGAAAUCUUUGAAAUAUAAAUCCUUGAAGUAUUAGUCAAUAAUUCAUUCAUUUCUCUGAAGUUUAAUGUGUGAUUGUUCAAUUUUGUUGUAAAUACAAAUGAAAUUUUGUUUCCAUUGGGUUUCUAAGUAUUUUGUUACCAAAUUCAGUAUUUACAUUUAUUGUGAAAAUAAUAUUUAGUUAAAAAUUCGUUCACAGAUUGAGUUCUUAAUGUUUAGAAAGUAAUGUUUAAAACAUUUUGUUCAUUGGAGAGAGUUUUGAAUAUUUAUUUUUUGAAGGCGAUGUGAAACUUUUUUGAUAAUUGUAUAAUCUGAUUAAAAUUAUCCAUAAAUUCUAAAUGGAAACGGUUUUGGGUAUGUGUGUACGUAUACAAUGCAAUUGUAUGUAUAUUUAUACUGUAUAUACAUACAAACAUGCAUGUACUGUACACUAUAUAAUAUAAAUUUUUGAUGAAAGAACAAUUUGUAAAAUAUAAAGAAUGUUAUGUAAAUUGUACUUUAACAAAUUAAUACUUUAAUAAAAAUCGUGUACAAAUAUAGCAUGAUGUAUUCAUUUCACUUUCCCAGCUGUUUAUACAGUAUAUAACAAAGUAAAAAAUGACCUAACCCAAUAUUUUAAAUUUUGAACUCGGGACCUUGAAACGUCAAGAAAUAUAAAAAAAGAUACGGGUGUUUGUUUGUGUGGGAAGCACGAUUUUGUU